ACGACCUGACCCCUGAGGCGCUCAGUGAGAAGAGGCACUUCAACGUGAAAGGGGGCCGGGAACUUUCUUUCCACUGUCGCUGAUAUAACUGUAAGACUGGAAUUACUCAGCAUUGUUAAACACCCUGUACGGUGAAGCUUUAACCCGCUUCUGAAGGAGACGCAAACCUGCCGCUCUGACGUCGACCUUUACCAGCGGAAAGCCGUUAGCUCUGGUUGCUAACGUCAGCUAGCCAAGUUAGCUUCGGUUUUCCACGCAGCUGACCUCCACCACAACACACAGACUACACUAGGUCGGGGGUCGUUCCCCCCCCCCCUCAUCCCCACUCUGUUUUCUUCACGUCCCCCGUGUUGGUGACCAGUGGACGGUUCCCGAAUAUGAUCCAGAAUGAGUCAAAGAGACACCUUAGUUCAUCUGUUUGCUGGAGGAUGUGGGGGCACGGUAGGAGCCAUAUUGACCUGUCCACUGGAAGUAGUGAAGACUCGUCUACAGUCAUCCACCAUCACCCUCUAUGUGUCUGAGGUCCAGCUCAGUACUGUCAACGGGCCAAGUGUUGCCCGCAUGUCCCCGCCAGGCCCCCUGCACUGUCUCAAGUUGAUAUUGGAGAAGGAAGGACCUCGUUCUCUAUUCAGGGGCUUGGGACCAAACUUGGUGGGCGUGGCACCUUCCAGAGCUAUCUACUUUGCUGCGUACUCCAUGGCCAAAGAGAGACUGAACGGAGUGUUCGAACCUGAUUCCACACAGGUACACAUGGUGUCGGCUGGAAUGGCAGGCUUCACGGCAAUCACGGCUACAAAUCCAAUAUGGCUCAUAAAGACUCGUCUGCAGCUGGAUGCAAGGAAUCGAGGUGAGCGAAGGAUGAGUGCGUUUGAGUGCGUGCGGCGUGUGUACCAGGCAGAUGGCCUGCGAGGCUUCUAUAGGGGUAUGUCCGCUUCCUACGCCGGUAUCUCAGAGACUGUGAUCCACUUUGUGAUCUAUGAAAACAUCAAACGGCGCCUCUUGGAGGCCAAGGCAACGCAGAACAUGGAGGAGGAGGAGGAGGCGUCGAGAGAUGCUUCAGACUUUGUCGGUAUGAUGCUCGCUGCUGCCACCUCCAAGACCUGUGCCACAUCUAUCGCUUAUCCUCAUGAAGUGAUCCGCACCAGGCUACGGGAGGAGGGCACCAAGUAUAACUCAUUCUUCCAGACUCUAAGAACAGUGCCCAAAGAGGAGGGCUACCGCGCCCUCUACCGCGGCCUCACCACCCACCUGGUACGACAGAUCCCCAACACCGCCAUCAUGAUGUGCACCUACGAGCUGGUGGUCUACCUCCUGAACGGUUAAAGUCCCCGCUGCCCACCUUCUGAGACUGUAAAUGUUGCCCUGCCCUUGUUCGGAGACCGGAAAAAAAAUAGAAUGAGAGUGCCGCAGUCAGCACGACAACCUGCUCAGCAGAAGAAGACCGAGACUGCUCCGUGACCUCCGUCUAAAGACGAGAGGGGUUGUUGAAACUAAGUUGGCAGUUUUGUUUUAAAACCAAAGGAUCUGACACGGAGAGGAGGAUUGAAAAAGUCCCUCUCUUUGGUUUGGGGAUCAGCAGUGGCACAGAAAUGGUUGCCCUAUUUCCAAUUUAAUUCCAUCCUCGUCUCCCUUGGGUUAUGUUUAUUUCUGCUUCUGGACGCUCCGAUUCAGAGCGCUGAAGACAGAACCGAAGUUAACGUAUACUCUGCCUCUAACAAUACUAAUAAUUAGAGGGAAAUACAAUAAUUCCAGUUCUUAUAACCUACGACUUAAGGCCCCCCCCCCCCCCCAGUCUGAGACUUCUCUUCCAUGCUGACGAUCAGGUUUGAAAAUCUGUUAUUAGUAUCAUGCAAUAUUCCCUGCAUCCCUCUAGAGGACCAGAAGAGAUAGGAACAAGCCCAGGUAUCUGAUGCAGCCUCUCAAGUUAGGGCGCCGCGGUCAGUGCUGGAGGCUUGUUUAACGAGGAUGAAUGGAAGGGUGGCGAGGAACGUGCCUUGUGUCAAAAAGUGAUGCAGACUAAGACGCACCACGCCUGCAGGAGGAGGAGGAGGAGCUCUGUGGAGAUGUAGAGUCGUACACUGGUACUGUGCACAUGCAGGCGCCGCCCCCCCCCCCCCCCCCCCGUAGUAAAUGUUUUGACAUAUCGAGAACAUAAACACACUGACCUUAAGGUCGUCAGCUACCCGAGUAAGCGUCAGGGUUUCCAUGCAACGCAGGAAUGCAUUAAUGAAAUCUACCAGAGUGAGAUCUGCUAAUGUUGUCUUUUCUAAAAUCAUCCUGACCCCCCCCCCCCUCCCAAACUAAACCAGAAUAUAAUCCACCAUUUUGAACUACUGGAAUGUAUAUAAUGAAGAGGAGCCUCUGUGUAACACUGACCUAUGUUGUUGUGAACUGAAAGUAAAUAACACAUUUUAACAAACGAAGAGAUAUAUAUAAAAAAAUAUUCCUACAAAACGUGAUUGUGCUGCACUCGUCUGACCUGUGACGGCAACAUGCAAACGUGUUGUGCAUCCUCUUUGAAAGAGUUCUUAAAGCACUUUUCUUUGUCUUUCUUCGACGUCCUCAUCUCGCCCCGCCCCCUCACUUUGAGAAUCCAGGCUAGUUUUACAGGCAAGGACAAUCCUCCUGAGUUUACUCUGGAAAUCAGACGGUGUGGAGGGAUUUUCCAGGAACAUGCUCUUCAUAGGUGCACACUAAUAAAAAUACAGACCAGUAAACUCAAAUGUGAUUCUUUGUUGAUUCCCCCCUCGCCCCCUUGUUGUUAAAAAAAACAAAAAACGAGUAACUGCAUUUCAACAUGUUUGAAAACUAUUUGUUUCUUCACUCUUGGACGUCCUUGUCUUUGAAGAGAAAAGUCCUCGUUCUCUGUCAUGUUUCAAACGAGUACAAAAGACAAACAGUGUUCUGCUUUCACCUCAUUCAUCUUAGAAACUGCAGAAGUAACUUCUCUUCUGUUAUCACGCCACACAGACACACACAGCGGGUUGAUGACCGUGUGCAAUGUCACCACAAACUGAAAACUUGACGGGCAUGGGCUAGACCCCCUUGCUUACACGAAUGACCAUCUCACAGCGUUUACUGCUGCUUGCCGUCAUCAUGUGAUUCAUCUCACAUUGAUAACAAACACUUCACUGCUCAAUAGGCCGGUGCUGUGUGCAGAGCAGUAAGCAUGCUGAUGUUUGGGUCAGCUUAUCACGAGGCGCUGCAGAAGUAAACUUUGGCGCCCAAAACAGCCUCGGUUGCUUUCCCCCACUGGAAUGAUGAAGAAAUCCUGUGAACACGUUGUCAGUCUGACGGCAGAUUGUGGGACGCUUUAGAUCAGAAGCAUGGUGUGAUGAUGAAAUGUCAGAUGGAUUAUCUCCCACACACGGUACCAUCAGCAUCCUCUGCUUGUAGUGAGAGUUGAUGGUUCCUGACUGAAAACUGAUUAAAGGGUCAUAACACCUCAAUAAACAAGAAGUACACAUCCUCUAUUUGGGUACAACACCUUUGAACUUACAUGCAUCCUUCACUUGUAUCAUAUGAUGCACUCUUCUUUUCAUCCCCUGGUGAUUUGUUUGCAUUGUGUGCUGGUUAGCAUGUGUAAAUGUUUAACGUGUGCUUAAAUGACGGUCAUGUUGUCGUGUCCUGCGUGUAAGAGACCAUAAAAGUAUGAAUGCACUCAGAAUAGAAGAGUAGCUGCAAAGUGUUGAUCUUAUGUGUUGAAUGAGUUGUUGCCUUUUCCUGAUGCACCCUUUGUUUUUUUUCUCCAUGUCGUCAUCGAUGAGCCCGCUGUGAGCGGGACUUGGUCUAUGCAUUCUCUCAUACCUGUUUUUGUAAAACAAAAAGCUAAUAAAAUGGAAAGAGUGCAAGUGUU